AUGCGGACUAGCAGUUCUUCUUCGCUCGCAACUGCUGCUGUACUUGAUGAAGUCGUAGCGGGAUCAUCGUCGACGACGGUACCGUCCGAGAAUCCGGAGUAUAUGCGGACUUUGCGGCAAUAUGGUCGCUACUUUUCCACGAGGCUUGUUCAGGUAGUGGUGCAAUCACGAACUAAUGAGAAGUUCAAUCUUGAAUGUACUUUACCUUCGAAUUCUCCGGAUUGGUUCAAUCUUCGAAUUGAUGAAUUAGGCGAGGUGUCUGCUCAAGUUAAGAGGAGCAUCAGCAGGACGUUUUCAAUCGACGAAGAGGACCAACAAACUAAAUGGGCCAACGAUAUCAGAUCGCAGUUGUAUUUACAAUUAAGCGUAAUGUUACGGAGCGCAAUGGUGGCGGCCAGAAUGACGCCGUUGCAUAGGUACUACGUGAAGAAACAAAGCUGCGACACCUUCGUGAUAUUGUACAAAUUGGGCGAGGGGUUAUCCGAAUUGGAUCUUGGAACGGAAGCAAAACGAUUAGAACUCGGACGUUUUCCAACACCUGCAGGAGCAUUCAGACUAGAAGUCGCUUAUCGCACUCAAAUGGAGAGAGCGUUGUCACCCCGUGACGGCCAUGAAUCUCCAAAUCAGCCUGCAACAUCUCCUCCUGAUCCAACUAAUCAGGCACUCACGCCUGCAAGGUCGCGUUCAACUUCUUUGGCUAGCGACGGUGAUCCUGCGUCGGGAAGUCCGAAACCGAAACAACAUUUGGUUGUGCCGAAAAAUAUGCCAUUCGCCAACCUUUUAACCGUAUCAUAUACAGGAGUGUUAUUCCCAUUGCCAGAGGAGGCAGUUGGACGGAAGAAAUGCCCUUCUGAAUCGGCGAUAGCGGAGGGCAAUGGGCAUACGCCCUCUCGUUGUGGCUCAUUUUCACGAUUACUGGGCGAUGCAGCUGUAACUGCCGCUGCGUCCACGUCUAAAGCGGAAAACAAAGAAGUUGAUGAAGAGAACCGCAGCAAUACAGGUUCAAGCAUCUGCAAGCAGCUAAAGCAAAUGAAUGACGACAAUCCCGAAGUAGGUAACGCGGAGUCAGAGGAAGCUGCGAAGACAAACGUUGAACUAGACAGUAGCGAGCGGACACUUGUCGACCGUGAUAGCGACAGUCAAAGUGGGAGCGUGCACAAGGGUGACAAGUGUGUUGAAGACCAAAGUGAAUCAGUAACAACAAUCAAGCAUUCGGAUGGGGACCCUGAUGAAGUCAUUGGCACGUCGGACGAUGACUCUUUCGUGAAGAUACCAUUGUUCGGUCGGACUUCUGGCGAGGCUGCGCAGGAAGGAGAGCUUGAUGUUCAUCUAACGGAAUUUAUGACAUCUUGUAAAGCUCCACCUCCACUUCUGGCUGUACCCCAAGAGUGGGAUACGUUGAAUGAUAUUCAGAGUUUAUUGGAGCAGUUUUCACUAAAGCAAAGCGUGUUCGAUAAGUUUGUGGCCGAAGUGCGCGAGCAUGGUGAUGGCAACGACUGA